AUGACUAAACAACAGCGCCUUUAUGAUUCCAUGGAACAAGGGGCUCCUCUAUCUUUUUCCACCGAUACCCAUCAUUCAGAGAGCCCUAAUCAGAACACUCCAGAUGAAAGCAGAGGCAAUUUUCAUUGCUCCUUGGUGGCCACGACAACCGUGGUUCUCCAUGCUCCUGCAGUCAGCGGUGGACAAGAUAAGAUAUCUUUUGAUUUAGCAGAGUAUACGGCUGAUGUUGAUGGAAUUGGUACACUACGAUUGUUAGAUGCUAUCAAGACAUGUGGCCUCAUAAACUCUGUGAAGUUCUACCAAGCCUCAACAAGUGAACUCUAUGGGAAAGUGCAAGAAAUACCACAAAAGGAGACCACUCCUUUUUAUCCUAGAUCACCAUAUGGAGCAGCAAAACUCUACGCCUAUUGGAUUGUAGUGAACUUCAGGGAGGCUUAUAAUUUGUUUGCUGUGAAUGGUAUUCUCUUCAACCAUGAGAGUCCCAGGAGAGGAGCUAAUUUUGUGACUCGGAAAAUUAGCCGCUCUGUCGCUAAGAUCCACCUUGGGCAACUGGAAUGUUUCAGUUUGGGCAAUCUGGAUGCCAAGAGAGACUGGGGUCACGCUAAGGAUUAUGUUGAGGCAAUGUGGCUAAUGCUGCAAAUGGAACAGCCAGAAGACUUUGUUAUAGCUACUGGAGAGGUUCACAGUGUCCGUGAAUUUGUGGAAAAGGCAUUUCAUCACAUUGGGAAAACUAUUGUGUGGGAAGGCAAGAAUGAAAAUGAAGUGGGCAGAUGCAAAGAAACUGGCAAGAUCCAUGUGACAGUCAAUCAUAAAUACUACAGGCCAACUGAAGUGGAUUUUCUUCAAGGUGACUGCACCAAAGCAAAGCAAAAACUCAACUGGAAACCCAAAGUCACUUUUGAUGAAUUGGUGCAGGAGAUGGUGAAAGCAGAUGUGGCACUUAUGAGGAACAACCCCAACGCAUGAAUCUGCUCCUUCUUUUUUUCCAUACUCCUCUGUCAGCCAGACAGAACUGAAACUCCCAGAGAUGAGCCCUAAUUAUGAAUCACACCACUGACAUUUUGGGGGUGGGGAUGACAAUCAGUUCAAUGGGUGUUGGAUGAUUUGCUGCCAUUUUAUUUCUCUGUACUGUGCAGCAGGUGGUUUGUUUUUUAAUAAAAUUGUAUUCUUUUUUACAUAAACCUACUACCACACAGAAA